AUGGGCCCCGGGGAAGGACUGUUUCGGAGGAGAAGGACCCGCCUUGAACCCGGCUGGGAGCAUCGGUGGACGGAUACGCCGUACCGAACAAAGACAAAGGCCCCUGCUCCUGCUCCUCGGCCCGACCGGCCCGUCCAGGUCCAUCAACAGCCUCCGCCCACAGCAGAGAGUCCGCUGCCCGCACUUCCGCCUCUGAUAUCCACCCCAAGCAACCCGACAGGUUUCCAAGGCGGUUCCCGGUGGACUUGGUCCCCUUGGUCGCCCCCUGGACUGAGCUUCUUAUCAUCGCCAGAAUCCCCUGAGACAUCAGGAUCUUCCAGCACGCUCACUACACGGUUGGGACCAAAAGGCAAUCUGAACAACGCCAUUAUCAUGGCCCCCCUGACAGCGUACUGGCUGCCAGAGGUCCUGAUUCAGCGCACCUGGAGACAAGAUGAGAUUAAAGACAUUGCUAAAGACUUGCCCGACCCAACUAAGGAUGCAGUUCAGUUCAGCGAGCAGAUGACCCGUCUUGUGCGUCAAUACAAACCCUCUGCCGCUGAAAUACGGCACAUUAUGCGAUGCAAAUUAAAGCUUCGCUGGGAGGACAUCGAAGAUACUUUUGACGAAAAUCUGACGUGGAAACCGGCAGGGGAUGGAGAAUAUCAACCGCAGUUUGAACAGUUGCUGGACAGAUUGAAAUGACAAUACCCUGCUAAGACCGAUUGGGAUGCUAUACAUAGAGCACACAGCACUCCAAAGAGUCUCUAGAGGAAUAUAGACAAAGAUUGGAGACGUGCUUUCGCAAACACAGCGGACUCCGACCAGGCACCGAUGAAUACAACAGUCUUUUAAAAGCAGCCAUAAUAAACUGACUCGUACCUGCCCUGAAUAAACAGGUAAGGAUGACAUGCAUUGGAUGGGAGACGGCUCCCCUCAUUACAUUGCAAGCACGCUGAAAGACAACAACAGAAGCAAGAGAGCAAUCAAAAGACAAAAGCUGAAAAAGAAGGAGUUAAAUUGCAAGCAGCUCAGCUGGCUUAUUAUCAGGGCAAAGGACCAACCCGAGGCGGAUACCAACGCGGACGGGGCGGACAUGGGACGGGGGGUAGGGGGAAGCGGAGGCGGUGGCAACAGAAACUUCCACAACCAGGAUAAAGACACUAGUUGCUAUAAUUGUGGCCAGGAAGGACAUUUUGCUAGAGAGUGUCAGAGACAGCAGCAGCAACAACAACAAACCAACGAGAGUAACUGGCAGAGCGCUCCCCCACCGCAAGUAUCACUAUACAAACCGAAACCAGAAUGAAACGAGGCAGGGACAGCUGACACCAAAACAGCGAACAAGCAGUACGUGCUAACUUUUUCUAAACCACAAGAAGCCCCCACCGUUGAUCACUUCGUGAAUG